AUGCCCAUUAGCGAAGCACUGACCGCGAGCAGGACGUCCAGCAUCGAUCUCACACGGUCGCAGCCUGCAGACCAACCACCACCACCACCUCCUCAUCCUCCAGCGACGACGGGCAACAGUACUAGUCAACGCAAACCCAGUCCGGUCGAGAUGGACGCCAUCCCGGCGUCUACGAAUACUCAUUCCCAUACUCAUACUCAAAGCUUGAGCCGUCAACAGUCCUUCGCGCUCGCACUCGCGCUCCUCGAGACCGAGACCGCCAUCGAAAUCGAAGUCGAGCUCGCCGAUGAGGCCGGUGUUGAAUCGGAGGGAGUACGCGGUCGGGAUCUUGCUCCUGCUCGUUGUCGUCUUUUUGUGGACGAGUUCGAAUUUCGUUACACAGGACUUGUUCGUUGGAGGGUAUGAGAAACCUUGGCUGGUGACGUAUCUGAACACGAGCUCGUUCGCGUUUUAUUUGUUGCCGUUCGGCUUGCGGACGCUCUGGAGACGGAGUAGGGAGGGUAAGAGUGGGUAUAAACCUCCGAGGUCGCGUGAGGACGAGUAUCAACCGCUUGUAGAGGAAGAGUAUACACCACGAGAUGUAGAGGGUUCUAACACAUACACCCCUUCCGAAAUCGCACACGACUCCUUUCCACAUCCACACACGCAUGCCAAGCUCCCACCCCUUUCAACGCUCGAGACAGCCCGGCUGGCAUGCGUCUUCUGGUUCUUCUGGUUUGCCGCCAACUGGACGUCGACGGCCUCGUUGGACUAUACGAGCGUGGCGAGCACAACGAUUCUCUCCGCUACCAGUGGAUUAUUCACGCUCGUCAUUGGGAGGUUAUUCCGUAUAGAGCCUAUGACUCUGGCCAAACUAUGUGCUGUCGUUACCAGCUUCAUCGGCGUCAUCCUCGUCUCCCUCUCCGACAACUCCUCCUCCGACCCCGCAGUCUCCGUCCCUCCACCAGACACUCCCAUCCCCAUACCACCAACAGCACCAGAACGGGACUACACACCUUCAAGUCCCCUGCUCGGCGACGCUCUCGCCCUUCUCUCUGCGCUCUUCUACGCUAUCUACGUAACUCUGCUCAAGGUCCGGAUCGGGGACGAGUCCCGCAUCGAUAUGCAGCUGUUCUUUGGGUUCGUGGGGUUGUUUAAUAUCGUGGUUUGUUGGCCUGUGGGGUUGGUGUUGCAUUUGACGGGUGGAGAGGUAUUUGAGUGGCCGGAGGGAGGGAGGAUGUGGGGUGCUAUUUUGAUUAAUAUGUUGAUCACGCUGUCCAGCGACUUUAUCUAUGUUCUCGCGAUGUUAAAGACGACGCCUCUGGUUGUUACCAUCGGUCUCUCAUUGACCAUGCCGCUCGCCGUCAUCGGGGACUUCUUCCUCGGACACUCUGCGAAAGCCCAAGUCGUCUUCGGGGCCGUACUCGUCCUCGCGAGCUUCGUCGUCGUAGGUAUCGAGGAUUCCAAGGUCGAGGGUGCAUUGAUGCCGCCACCACCAACACCAACAACACUCGACGGGUCUUAUCAGUAUCAAUAUCAUCCUCCUUCUUAUCCGUCCGCUGUCCGUUCGGGAUCGCUGGAUGAACGGGAAGGGAGGGAAGCAGAGAGGAGUAGAGGGAGAAGACAGUCGAGGGUUAGGUGGAGGGAUGAGGAGGAUGUGGGCGGUGGGGAAGAUGAACUGGAGGGAUCGGGACGUGCGGAUGUGGGUGCUGGUGAGAGGAGAAGGUCGUCGGCUGGGGAUAGAACGACUGAGGAACGGUGACGAUGGUUUUGAGAUCUUAGGUCUCGGGCGUUGGCUAUUCUUAUGACUCCGCGCUAGCCCCGCUGCUGCUGCUUUCUUGGGUUUUUGGGUUGUAUUUGCGUGACGUACGUUUUUGCUUUUAUUGCUGCUAUCUAAUCUAGAGUGUACAUAUUC